GCCCCACGAUGCUUCGCCGGACGAUGCACCGCUUUUUUUUUGCGGAUGAGAAACGCGUUGGGACACGGACCAUCCUGGUUGGCCACCGCCCGGUUUCUGAAACAGAGGUUUAUGUUAUGCAGCAAUUCUGUGACAACAAGAUAAUCUCUUCCAAGUACACGAUCUGGAAUUUUCUCCCAAAGAAUCUCUUUGAACAGUUCCGAAGAAUUGCCAACUUCUACUUCCUUAUCAUCUUCCUUGUGCAGGUCAUAGUAGAUACACCAACAAGCCCAGUCACCAGUGGACUUCCUCUUUUCUUCGUUAUUAUCGUUACAGCUAUUAAACAGGGUUAUGAGGACUGGCUACGACACAGGGCGGACCAGGAAGUCAACGAAAGCAAGGUCGUUGUGAUUGAGGAUGGAAAGCGUGUGAAGAAAGACUGUGAUGCAAUCGAGGUUGGCGACAUAGUGGAAGUGACAACGGAUGAAACCUUUCCCUGUGACCUUGUAUUUCUCGCAUCAAGUAGCAAAGAUGGAACCUGCUAUGUCACUACAGCUAGUCUGGAUGGAGAAUCAAACUUCAAGACUCACUACACUGUGCAGGAUACUGCCAAACUCUCUACAUGCCAAGCCAUAGAUUGCCUUAUUGCCACAAUUGAAUGUGAACAGCCUCAGCCAGACCUCUACAAGUUUGUUGGGAGAAUUAACAUCUACAAGGAAGACCAAGAGCCUGUAGCCAGGGCACUGGGUCCUGACAACCUCUUGCUGAAGGGAGCAACGUUAAAAACGACCCACAAAAUCUAUGGUGUUGCUGUCUAUACUGGGAUGGAAACAAAAAUGGCUUUGAACUACCAAGGAAAAUCUCAGAAGCGCUCUGCGGUGGAAAAAUCAAUCAACAUUUUCUUGGUUGUUUAUUUAUGCAUUCUUGUGGGCAAGGCCAUGGUAUGCACUACUAUGAAGUAUUUCUGGAUAAAUGAUCGGUCAGUUGAUGAACCUUGGUACAACCAAAAGACCCAAAGAGAAAGAGAGACCUUCAAGCUCUUAAAAAUGUUCACAGAUUUCCUGUCCUUCAUGGUCUUGUUCAAUUUCAUUAUCCCGGUCUCCAUGUACGUGACAGUAGAAAUGCAGAAAUUCUUGGGCUCUUUCUUCAUUUCUUGGGACAAAGAGAUGUAUGAUGAGACAACCAAAGAAGGGGCCUUGGUGAAUACCUCUGACCUCAAUGAGGAGCUUGGCCAGGUUGAAUAUGUUUUCUCUGAUAAAACCGGGACACUGACAGAAAACACCAUGGAGUUCAUUGAGUGCAGCAUUGACGGAUACAAGUAUGACGGUUCCAUGUCAGAGGUUGAUGGGCUCGAAUAUUAUGAGAAAGCACAGAAGAGCCGAGAAGAUCUGUUCCUGCGUGCUUUGUGUCUCUGCCACACAGUUCAGAUUCGGCAUAGAGAUAAAGUUGAUGGAAAAUCUCAUCUGGAGACCUCCUCUCAGAGCUAUGUGUCUUCUUCCCCGGAUGAAAUAGCUUUGCUGACAGGAGCUAACAAGUAUGGUUUCACUUUUCUAGGACAAGCAAAUGGUUUCAUGAAGAUACGGAACAGCAAUAAAGAAAUCGAGAGCUAUGAACUGCUUCACGUGUUGGAUUUCGAUUGUGUCCGUCGCCGAAUGAGUGUUAUUGUGAGGAUGCCGUCAGGGAAGAUAUUCCUGUUCUGCAAAGGAGCAGACUCUUCUGUGUUUUCAAGGGUGCCGGAAUCUGAAAUAAUGAAAACAAAAGUACACGUAGAACGCAACGCGAUGGAUGGGUAUCGGACCCUUUGUGUAGCCUUCAAAGAAAUAUCUGAAAGCGACUACCUGAACAUAGAUGUCAGCAUUAAUGAAGCUGCAAUGGCACUGCAGGACAGAGAAGCAAAGAUGGAAGCGGUUUUCGAUGAGAUCGAGAGAGACAUGCAUUUGAUGGGGUCCACUGCUGUGGAAGACAGACUCCAGGAGAAUGCCGCUGAAACCAUUGAGGCCCUGCAUUCUGCCGGCAUGAAGAUCUGGGUGCUGACGGGGGACAAGAUGGAAACUGCCAAGGCAACCUGCUACGCCUGCAGGCUCUUCCAGGCCAACACCGAGCUGCUGCUGCUGACAACAAAAACCGUGGGAGAGGACCGCCACAAAGAAGAGCAGCUGUACACGCUGUUGAUGGAAUAUCACAAAAAGCUGGUGAAUGAGAUGCCCGAGAAUUGUUUUGUUUUUAAAACCACAUCUUCUGUUUUAAGGAGCUGGACACUCAGUCAGGAAUACGGGCUGGUGAUCGACGGCGCAACCCUGUCCCUGAUCUUGAACCCUUCUCAAGACUCAUGUUCCGGCCACUACAAAAACAUCUUCGAACAGAUUUGCCUCAAAUGCACUGCAGUACUGUGUUGCCGAAUGGCCCCUCUGCAGAAAGCACAGAUUGUUCGAAUGGUGAAGAAUUCAAAAGGCAAACCGAUAACUCUUGCGGUAGGAGAUGGUGCCAAUGAUGUAAGCAUGAUCUUGGAGGCUCACGUUGGCAUAGGUAUUAAAGGCAAAGAGGGCCGCCAGGCAGCAAGGAACAGUGACUAUGCCAUCCCCAAGUUUAAAGACUUGAAAAGAUUGCUGUUGGCGCACGGGCAUUUGUACUAUGUUAGAAUAUCGCACCUUGUGCAGUAUUUCUUCUACAAGAACCUUUGCUUCAUUUUCCCACAAUUUUUAUACCAGUUCUUCUGUGGCUUCUCACAACAGCCUCUCUACGAUGCAGCUUACCUUACCAUGUUCAACAUCUGUUUUACAUCCCUGCCUAUUGUGGCCUACAGUCUGCUGGAGCAACAUAUCCCCAUUGACACCUUGAUGUCCGUUCCAAAGCUAUAUAUGAAUGUUUCCGGCAAUGCAAUGCUGCAGUUGAAGCCCUUCUUGUACUGGACCUUCCUGGGCCUUUUUGAUGGCCUUGUGUUUUUCUUUGGGGGUUAUUUGCUUUUCUGGGAUGCUUCUUUAGAGGACAAUGGAAAGAUGUCUGGAAACUGGGCUUUUGGAACCCUGAUUUUUACAGUACUCGUGUUCACUGUCACCCUGAAGCUGGCAUUAGACACUCGUUUUUGGACAUGGCUAAACCACUUCGUCAUUUGGGGUUCGUUGGCCUUCUAUGUGUUUUUCUCAUUCUUCUGGGGAGGAAUCCUUUGGCCUUUCUUGAAGCACCAAAGAAUGUAUUUUGUAUUUGCCCAACUCCUAUCUUCAGUGUCCACCUGGCUGGCAAUAUUUUUGUUCAUCUUCGUCAGCCUUUUCCCAGAAAUCAUUCUGAUAAUCUUUAAAAAUACGAAAAGCAAAAGCCGCCAGCCUGCUACUUUGGAGCUGCCGAUAUUGGUGUCCUACAAACACAGGGAGAACGGCUACACCCUCUAAGCGAAGGCCAGAAACACCAUGACUCCUUUUACAGAAUGAUGCCCUCUCAGGAUUCUUCGGAUGCAAAGAUAUAACCCCAGCAUGUGGGCUUAAAUUAACAGUGCUCUCUCUCGCUCUGUCUUGCUCUCUUCGUUACAAACUGAGUAUCAGAAGCAAUCAAAAA